AUGUCCACGCGUACGCACAUCAUAGUCUUCACUGUAGGACCUUUGGUUUUGAGAGCUUCCUCGGUCCAUAAUAGUAGCGCGCCCGACGUCAUUGCAGCCGAGACGCAACGUCCGGCAUCCCACUGUGCCUGAAUAGCAUUUCUUCUCAGCCUCGUCAGUUUGACGCUCUCACAUCCGCCUUAUCUUUGACGCCGCAUCGCAUUCGACUCACCAUGGCAAAUAGACUGGAUCCCAAAUUCCCCACGAUUGAGGAGACGCUGAACCAUCCCGCGUACCCAUCAACAAUAUGGCUACUUGAGCCCCAUAGCCAGGGUACGUUGCCUGUUGCUAAAGAUCGAGGAGGGCCAGUCAACAUCGCCUGGGAGAUCCAUGGCUCAGGGCCGACAAAGAUCGUUUUCAUCAUGGGUCUAGCUGGCGUGACGGCAUCGUGGCAGCGACAGACAAAGUACUUUGGCCAUGAACGCGGCGAUACGUACUCGGUCCUCAUCAUUGACAACCGCGGCAUGGGCGCCUCUGAUAAACCUGUGGCUCGCUAUUCGACCUCGGAGAUGGCACUCGACCUCAUUGAAGUCCUUGACCAUGUGGGCUGGACAUCACCGCGGGAAGUGAACGUUGUCGGGAUUUCUUUGGGCGGCAUGAUCGCCCAAGAGGUCGCUUGCGCCAUUCCAGAGAGGCUCGCGUCGCUAAGCCUCUUGAACACGAGUGCCGAGGUGCAGAAUACUAAAGGCUAUCUCGACUGGGCCAAGGAACGGCUGGGGUUCGUGAUCCCGAAAAGUCAAGAGCAGGCAAUCGUCGACACGGCAAGGAAGAUCUUUGUGGAUGAAUGGUUGGAGGCCCCUGACGCGGAGGAGCCACCAUCCCCCGAGUCGACUCCACGAUGCAAAGCGCCGCCUGGAGGGAAGUACCUGAUGUUUGACAACAAUUUUCAACGCUUUCAGGCCCAGGAAAUCAACAAAAGGCGACACCCAGACUACUGGUCUACCCCGGGCUUUCUUUGCCAACUCAUCGCCGCUGGAUGGCAUCGCAAGAGUGAAGCGCAGUUGAAGGAAAUGGCUGAUAAGGUUGGGCGAGAGAGAAUCAUGGUGAUGCACGGCAACAGGGAUAAGAUGAUCAUUGUGUCCAAUGGCCAAAGACUGAUUGACAUUAUCCAGCCUGACACGGGAUUGAUUGUAGACGGCAUGGGUCACGCACCCGUGAUGGAGCGACAGAAAUACUUUAAUGAGCUGCUAGAGGAGCGCUUGAAGCAUUGGGGACAAGUAUAGUAGGUCGAUUGCAUAGAAUUUCUUUU